AUGGAGCUGAUUCACCAUGCGGCAUGCACAGGUUGUAUUGGUGGCGCAAUUACGUGUAGAACAAUAGGAACCAGUGACGUGGAUCGAACAACGCCUGCUCGGCCUCAUUGUUCUUUCGAUGACAAUGAUGGCGACGAGGACUGGCCAGGAUAUCUAUGUGUGCGGAUUCACGUUGGUGGCCGUCCACCGGAUGAAUUCUCCGAGGGCAUCGAAACGUCAUUCACGGGAUGUAUGGCGAGAAUGCAAUUGAAUUCGGUGGAUCUGCUGAGCUUCGCGCCAAGAGAUGGAGGCCAUAAGUGUCAGAUGUCCAAACCACCGUCUCUGACGUUGCACGAAUCGGCCAAAGCAUUCAUUCCAUUCUCGUUCCUGCCGUUCUCGUCGAAUGCGAGAGUGCAGUUCUGUGGCACGUGCUACUCUUAA